GGCGCCUUUAGCGUUAUGGGUAGACAGUUCUGCAAUACAGGAUCGCAUCUGUUUUCUUGGUCCCUACAAAGCAGCAUGGGUUCUUCGUUGCCUUGUUUGUCAACAACGGCGCAGAAAACAUUAUUGGCUGGUCUCUUGGGAGGGUCUGCCUGCCAGUGCGACUACUACUACUACAACUUCACUAAAACGCGGGCUAUGAGUUUCGCUACUGCUCCAUCGAAACUGCAGAAAGUUUGCACUCCCCUCUUUAUGCGAAUCGGACGGUCUAGGCCUCCAAAACCACAUCGACACCCUCACUUGAGUACGACGUGAAAGCCGCACCUGGACACCUCGCGUUCCUACCCUGCGCCAUAGCAUGAAGAAAAUCGUCCCUCGGAUUCACUCAUCCGCGGCCGACGCAGCGAAUAUCAUUUACUCUUCAUGCACCCGGUAUCUACAUCGUGUCCGGAAUUAUUACCUAGCAUUCGCAUUGUCCCUAGAGAACCACCACCACCCAGCAUAACAGAACCCGAGCCGCGAGGUCCUUAAUCUCUGUGGCGUGGAAAAGAGAUCUGUCCAUGUCAGAGCGCUCCUUGUGCGCUGGUCGGAUG